UCAAAACAAUGUGAUGAUCGCACGUUGUUUUUAAUUUUAUAACCAACUUUUAAAUACCUCUGUUCCAUUAAGUUACUUAUUUUGUGAAAUUGAAGAUGGUUAAACGGGAUAAGACCAGUUCUAUUUCAGAAAAUGAUGAUUCAAUAACAAUGAAUGAAAAUGGGAAAAGACCGUUGGAAACAGAUACGGAAAACAAAGAUGGUAAAAAGAAAUUACGAAUCAGAGGUUUGUACAGACAACCAACUGUAGAAGAAUUAAAUCGCCUUCAAGAAACUGAGAAUUUAUUUAAUUCCAAUUUAUUUCGUCUCCAAAUAGACGAAAUACUCAAUGAAGUUAAGGUAAAGGAAAAAGCAAUAAAGAGAUUUCAAGAAUGGUUCAAUAAACUAAAAGAACAUUUAAAAACAAUUCCCGAAGAUGAUACGGAAUACGAUUUGACGGAAGACAAAAUUUACAAGCACUUAGGUGUAAAAUCACCUGUUGGAAAAGAAUUAAAUAAAACAAAAUGUAUGUUUAAAUUUCACAAAUUUCAUGAUAUAGAGAUUGUUGGUUCUUAUGCUUUAGGCAACGCUAUUAAUUCCAAAUUAGUAAUUGACACUCAAAUUACGGUACCGAUGGACACUUACACUAAAAAUGAUUCAAUAAACUACAGAUAUCAUAAGAAAAGAGCUGCUUACUUAGCAUGUAUAGCAUCUCAUUUGAAAGAUCUCGAAAUUAUUGAAGAACUUAAGUACAUGUACGUAAAUGACUGUCACACUAAACCUAUGCUAGAAAUCAAGCCUUCUGGGAAAUUAAGUAACAUAUUGGUAGUCCGUGUGAAUUUAUCUUGUGAUCCUGAAUCAUAUAAACUACACAGAUUCAGUCCAUUACGUAAUAACUUAAGAGAAUCAUGGUUGUUUGAUGAAAAAGUAGAAAACUCUUCGGUUAUUGGCCCGCCCACUCCAUAUUAUAAUAGUAGCAUCUUAAGUGACUUAUCUAAUGCAUUAAAUCAAGAUUUCUUGAAUGAAACAUUCUUAAAUCGUGAUAAUUUGAAACAAGCUGUAGUACUUUUGAAGAUCUGGCUGCGACAAAGAAAACUUGAAAUUUCCGGAUACAUUAUUAGUAUGUUUGUUGCAUAUCUUGUUCAAAUAAAGAGAAUUAAUAAUAUCAUGAGCAGCUACCAAAUUAUUAGGAAUGUCUGGAUAUAUCUUAAAUUGUCAGAGUUGGAUACCAAAGGUAUAUCAUUAUUCAAAGGCUCAGCAACUGUACCUUCAAUGGAGGAAUUCCAUAAAAGUUUUCCAGUGGUAUUUAUUGAUAAAUCAGGAUUUUACAAUAUAUGUUGGGACAUGCACAAAGGAACAUAUAAUGCAUUGAAGAGGGAAAGUGCAUUAGCUAUUGAAAUGUUGGAUAAUCCGAACAUUAACAGUUUUAUACCAUUGUUCAUGACACCGAUGCAUGAAUUGUUGAAGUUUGAUCAUGUUAUAAGAUUCAAAAACCUCAGAUCUCUAAAAGAGAAGGUCUAUAACAAAGUACCGAGAACAUCUCAAGUUAAUUACGGUGUUCAACAGCUGGCUUUAGUGACUGAGACGGUACACUCGAUGCUCAGUCGAGGACUGGGAGACCGAGCUGAUCUGGUACUACAGUUGGUGCAAGCUGAUCUCUCAUGGAGUGUCAAGAAAAGUGUGGAUAAAGUCAAACAGAAACAUGAAGAGAAGUUGUCAUUUGGUCUUGUGUUGAACUCGGAGAAUGUCAUCAAAAUAGUUGACAGAGGACCUCCAGCAAAUCUACCUGAAUCCGAGGAAUUUAGGUCGUUUUGGGGCGAGAAGUCAGAGUUGCGUCGUUUUCAGGAUGGUUCAAUAACAGAGGCGGUUGUGUGGACAGCUGACAGCCGAGCUCAGAGACGAGCCUUGCCGAAGCAAAUUGUUGACUAUCUAAUGAUGUUCAAAUAUGGUGUGGUACCAUCAGAAGUAUACCAUGUGUGUGACCAGCUGGACAGCUUGUUGGUGAGCAAGUGUUCAGCUCAGUAUUUAGAGGAGAUCAGUGCUGAAGUGUUGCGUACAUUUGAUGAUCUUCGCAGAGAUGUGCGCGCUCUCAACAACCUGCCGCUAGAUGUUACAGCUAUGUACGGUGUAUCGUCAGUGUUUAGUUACUGCAGCGCGGUGGCGCCGGGCCGGGGGCUCCGCCAGCCGCACGCGCGUCGCCGCGGCGCCUCCGCCCUCCUCAAGGACACGCCCCAAGCCCGCCUCCCCCCAUACACACAACCCAACACUGUUGUACUCGAACUAGGUCACAGCGGCAAAUGGCCGGGAGAUCUGCAAGCAUUCCGCUGUCUUAAAGCUGCGUUCCACCUGCAGAUAUCGGAGCGUCUCUCCCAGCAGUUCUCUCUCCCGGUGCAAGCGUACCCUACGCAUGUGGACGUGCUGAAGAACGGCCUGGUCUUCCGAUUGAAGAUAGCUCAUCCGAAGGAGAUCACUCUUCUCCAGAGGGAGAUGGAGAAUGGAGUGGUGAAGCACAGAGAGAGUGAGGAGGCGGUUGUGCUGCAGUGUGAGACUGUGCUGCUGCCCAGGGUGAGAGGAGCUCUACAUGGAUUACAUCAGAAGUACCCAGCAUUCGGUCCUGCAGCGUGCCUGUUGAAGCGGUGGCUGUGCGCUCAUCUCCUCUCGCCCCCACACUUCCCCCCCACCCUCGCAGAUCUGCUGACGUCAGCGGUGUUCCUGCGUCCAGCGCCGCUAGACCCGCCCGCGCAACCGCAAGCCGCCUUCCUCAGAGCUCUCCGUAUACUGGCCGAUACGGAUUGGUCCAGGGAAAUGAUUUUAUUGGACUUCAAUGAUGACAUGUCACGCGAAGAGAUAACAGAAGUUGAGAGUCAGUUCAAUGAGAAGGAGAACAGACCAAAUAUGUAUAUUGUGACGUCAUAUGAUGGCGACUUUCCCUCGAUAUGGAGUAGACAGGCUCCCAGCAAGCAGGUGUUGCUCAGAGCACAGACUAUAGCAACAGCUACGAUCAAAUAUUUAGAAAAAGCUCUAAUUGAUGAAUAUAAAGAUAAUAUAUUGGGUGUGUUCGUGCCGUCUCUAUCCGGGUACGAUGCACUGAUCCGAUUGGCCACGCCCCUCGUGCCGCACACGUGUGAGCGGAUUGGCCACGCCCCCGAGCGUGUUGGCCACGCCCCCGAGCGUGUUGGCCACGCCCCCGAGCGUGUUGGCCACGCCCCCGACAUCCGACACAAGUCUGACGAUGUAUUAGACGAUAUGGUGCCCGUUGUAGACUUCAACCCGGUCGCUAGAUACCUUGAUGAGUUAAGGAGCGCGUACAACGAAUUCGCGUUGUUCUUCAAUGACUGCUAUGGCGGUGACGUCAUCGCUGUGUUAUGGCGCCCAGAUAUUGACCAAUUAAGAGAUUUCCAGAUUGUGAAUGCAAAUGGUCUAAUGCCAGUGGAAACGGACGGCGAGACAAAAUACAAAGUGAACAAGCAAGCUUUGUUGCAAGACUUCAGGAUACUUGGCCGGGGACUUGUUGAAGAUAUUACAGUUACUUAGGAGAUGUUGUUAAAAAAUAAAAUAAAUUUUA